AUGGCCGACUAUUACAAGAUACUGGAAGUGCAAUGGAACGCCACCAGCGGGGAUAUCAAAAAGGCGUAAGUAACGAGGUUCAGGAUCGAGUAAAGGAUCAGAGCAACAGUUCCAAGUUCAAUGUCACAAAGGCACGUGGCGAAAUGAAUUACAGGCUGCGAACAGUACGGCUCGUUUUUGUCGUUGGUGCCAUUUUACAUUUGCGGCCAGCGAGGGAAAAGAUUGAAUGAACGGCUUUUUACUUCGGCCACGUUGGGUACACGCUGGCUCUGAUCCAAGAAAGUCGGACUCGCGUUUCUCUCGGUUUCUCACCACAGAGUUGAAGAGAACAUCUCGAGUUGCUCGGUUGAUUAAACAAAGCGUGUUUGCCUUGCAGUUAUAGAAAAUUGGCAUUGAGAUGGCACCCGGACAAGAACCCUGACAACCUGGAGGAGGCGAACAAAAGAUUCAAAGAGAUAUCCGAGGCGUACGAGGUAUUAAUCGAUGAAAUGUUUGUUUCCGGUCGAUCUCUCGUGACCGUGCUCGAUGUCCAGAUGCGAAGAGACGAACCUACGACCAACGAUUGUAUCAGAAGGCGUCCUCGAGGCCCGGCCGUGGAUUCACCUACCGGAGUUUCUUUGACUCUCCUUUCCAGCGAUAUUUCGAAGAAAAGGAGGGUCUACGAUCAAUAUGGGAAAGAGGGACUUCAAAUGCCCGGUGGUAAGAGGCGGCACAAGGACGAUUUUGACCCACACUUUGCCGGCACCUUCAUGUUCAGAAAUCCUGAGGAAGUAUUUAAGGAAUUCUUUGGUGGUACUUCUUUCGAGGACUCAUUCUCCGAAGUUGGUGUACGCUUCGGAUCCAACAGGCAUAGCCAUCCAAGCAGUAACAGCAUUAGCACGUCAUUCUUUGGCCCAAUAGGAGUUUCUCACCAUGGUUUCUCACCAUUCAACAACUUGUUCGAAGGUUCGUCAAGGAACUUCACCUCGUUCAAUACGUAUGCGAGCUUCGGUGGAACCAGCGGCGGCGGUGCUAUGAAGCGGACAAGUACUUCAACUCGAUUCAUCAAUGGCAAAAAGAUCACCACCAAAAAGUUUGACGAGUCAUCGACGAGUCGCCAGCUGACCGACAGUGCCAGCGAUAUCUCGAUGGCUGGCCAGAACUCGAGAACAGUCCAUGGUGACCAUCAGAAGGCUAGUAGAAUAAAGACGCACUAUCAUCCACUUCUCACUAAGAAGCACGAUAAGAGUAAGAAAAAAUAG